GCGAAGCAAUAAUUAUUAUUAGCAAUUAUUAGCGAUCAAUAAUCUUGAUCACAUUAUGGCAAGCACUAUUAAGGAAGCGUUAUCAGUGGUGAGUGAAGACCAGUCCUUGUUUGAGUGCGCCUACGGAUCACCCCACCUUGCGAAGACAGAGAUGACGGCCUCCUCCUCCAGUGAAUAUGGGCAGACGUCAAAGAUGAGUCCGCGUGUUCCCCAGCAAGACUGGUUAUCACAGCCCCCAGCCAGAGUCACCAUCAAGAUGGAGUGUAACCCAAACCAAGUUAAUGGGUCAAGGAAUUCUCCUGAUGACUGCAGCGUGGCAAAAGGAGGGAAAAUGAUUAGCGGCUCAGACAAUGUUGGGAUGAACUAUGGAAACUACAUGGAAGAGAAACAUGUUCCACCCCCAAAUAUGACUACCAAUGAACGAAGAGUCAUUGUGCCAGCAGAUCCUACGUUAUGGAGCACAGACCACGUACGCCAGUGGCUGGAAUGGGCGGUGAAGGAGUAUGGUCUCCCAGAUGUGGACAUCUUGUUGUUCCAGAACAUCGAUGGGAGGGAGCUGUGUAAAAUGACCAAAGACGACUUCCAGAGACUGACCCCAAGCUAUAAUGCAGAUAUCCUCCUGUCACACCUACACUACCUCAGAGAGACUCCUCUUCCACAUUUGACUUCAGAUGAUGUUGAUAAGGCCUUACAAAACUCUCCACGGUUAAUGCAUGCUAGAAACACAGGAGGUGCCACUUUUAUUUUUCCCAAUACAUCAGUUUAUCCAGAAGCAGCACAGAGAAUUACAACCAGGCCAGACUUGCCUUAUGAGCAAGCCAGGAGAUCAGCGUGGACGAGUCACACCCACCCCAGUCCUCAGUCAAAAGCUACUCAGCCAUCAUCCUCAACAGUUCCCAAAACAGAAGACCAACGUCCUCAGUUAGAUCCAUAUCAGAUUCUUGGACCGACCAGCAGCCGACUUGCAAAUCCAGGGAGCGGGCAGAUACAGCUAUGGCAGUUCCUGCUGGAGCUCCUCUCAGACAGCUCCAACUCCAACUGCAUCACCUGGGAGGGCACCAACGGGGAGUUCAAGAUGACCGACCCUGACGAAGUGGCUCGGCGCUGGGGGGAGAGGAAAAGCAAGCCUAACAUGAACUAUGACAAACUCAGCCGUGCACUUCGCUACUACUAUGAUAAAAAUAUUAUGACUAAGGUUCAUGGUAAGCGCUACGCCUACAAAUUUGACUUCCACGGAAUCGCUCAGGCUCUCCAGCCUCACCCCCCAGAGUCAUCCAUGUACAAAUACCCAUCAGACCUCCCCUACAUGAGCUCUUACCAUGCACAUCCUCAGAAGAUGAACUUCGUAGCCCCUCACCCCCCUGCUUUGCCUGUAACAUCGUCCAGCUUUUUUGCUGCCCCUAAUCCGUACUGGAAUUCACCAACUGGAGGUAUCUAUCCCAAUACCAGGCUGCCAGCUGCUCAUAUGCCUUCUCAUCUUGGCACCUACUACUAAGUGGAGAAAAAAGAAACAUCAGAAAAAGCAAACAAAGACCCUUCUCGCUGGGAUACAGUCCCUGAUGAAUUGCAAUGAACUCUAUUGGAGUCCAUGAAUUAAAAGUGCCUAAAGAGACAAGUGAAGGUUUGGCUGGGAAAAAAAAAAAACAACAUUAAAAAAAUAAGACUCUUUGUAGUAGGGAUUUAAAGGAGAUAUUCAAGAAGUAUUAAGAUACUAAAAUGUAAUGUAUAUGGGCAUCGACUCUGUGGACCAAACAACAAUAGACUAUUGUAGGUAAAAGCAUGAAAUGAUAAGGAAAACCUACGAAAGCUAGUGGUCUUAAAAAGUUGAUAAGCUUAUGUGUAAAGUUUGAUACCUUGCUAGUGCAAAACUGGGACAAUACUACAGCAAUAUAAGGAUAAGUCUAUAGUGACCUAACAUACAAUAUAUGAAUUAUUACAAAAGAGGGAGGGG